AUGUCGGUGCUUCAGGCGACGGCGGCCACGCUACGCAACGGCUCGACGACGGCACCAACACCCGCUUCGCCGCGGCUCGAUAAGGAGCUGAUUGAUGACGCGCAGCGCGGCACCUCGAUGUGGUCAAAGUUCUCCCGCGUACUCCACGUCCGCCGGAAAGGCAGCUCCGAGGAGCAGCAGCAGCAGCGGAACACCAUCAGCGACCAGAAAGCCAGAAUUACCCUCGGCGUUAUCAUGGGUACGUUCUUGGUGUGUUGGACUCCGUUUUUCCUGGUCAACAUCUGGAGGUCGUGGGACCACGUGAACAAGGAGUUAUCGCAGGCCGUCACCUGGCUGGGCUACGCAAACUCCGCCCUGAACCCGGUCAUCUACAGUAUCUUCAACCGCGACUUCCGAAGAGCUUUCAAGAAGAUCAUCGUCAAGCUGUUCAGCUGCUUCGAUACCGGGAAGAAGAACUAUGGCUGCGUACGGAACGGCGUGACGGACGGCAUGGUCGACCGGAAACGCUCUUACACCCGCUCAUCCGAUACCCCAGAAAAUAAUAAUUUGAAUCGUGGCGAGCCGGUUGCUACUCGGCUUGUCCUGUUGAACAAUAAUGAAUCAUCUGUGAUUGUAGAGGAA